GCGGCCGGCUGCCGGGCUGGGGGCCCUGGAUCGCUGCUGAGAGUGGGCCCGGUUGCUGGGCCGCCGGCUCCAGCGUAUGGGCCUCCUCCGAGGGGGCGCCGCGUGCGCUCGGGCCAUGGCGCGCCUGGGCGCGGUGCGCUCACACUACUGCGCGCUGCUGCUGGCCGCGGCGCUGGCGGUGUGCGCCUUCUACUACCUGGGUUCGGGCCGCGAGACCUUCUCCAGCGCCACCAAGAGGCUGAAGGAGGCCCGCGCUGGGGCCGCUGCGCCUACGCCGCCCGCGCUAGAGCUGGCCCGGGGCUCCGCGGCGCCGGCCUCGGGCGCCAAGGCCAAGAGCCUGGAGGGCGGCGCGGCGGUGCCGGUGGACUACCACCUGCUGAUGAUGUUCACCAAGGCGGAGCACAACGCGGCGCUGCAGGCCAAGGCCCGAGUGGCGCUGCGCUCGCUGCUGCGCCUCGCCAAGUUCGAGGCGCACGAGGUGCUUAACCUCCACUUCGUGAGCGAGGAGGCCAGCCGCGAGGUGGCCAAGGCCCUGCUGCGGGAGCUCCUGCCCCCCGCCGCCGGCUUCAAGUGCAAGGUCAUCUUCCAUGAUGUUGCUGUGCUGACAGACAAGCUCUUCCCCGUCGUGGAGGCCAUGCAGAAGCACUUCAGUGCUGGCUCGGGGACCUACUACAGCGACUCCAUCUUCUUCCUCUCAGUCGCCAUGCACCAGAUCAUGCCCAAAGAUAUCCUUCGGAUCAUUCAGCUGGACCUUGACCUGAAGUAUAAGACCAACAUCCGAGAGCUGUUUGAGGAGUUUGACAACUUCCUGCCAGGUGCUGUUAUCGGCAUAGCCAGAGAGAUGCAGCCUGUGUACAGGCAUACAUUCUGGCAGUUCCGUCAUGAGAACCCCAAGACCAGAGUUGGGGACCCUCCGCCUGAGGGACUCCCUGGCUUCAACAGUGGGGUAAUGCUGCUGAACCUGGAGGCCAUGCGCCAGUCUCCACUCUACAGCCAUCUGCUGGAGCCUGCACGGGUGCAGCAGCUUGCAGACAAGUACCACUUCCGGGGCCAUCUUGGGGACCAGGACUUCUUCACCAUGAUCGGCAUGGAGCACCCUGAGCUCUUCCAUGUGCUGGACUGCACCUGGAACCGGCAGCUGUGCACCUGGUGGAGGGACCAUGGCUACAGCGAUGUCUUCCAGGCAUACUUUAACUGUGAGGGCCACGUCAAGAUCUACCACGGGAACUGUAACACCCCUAUCCCAGAGGACUAGGCACCAGCUCACCCACUAUGCCCACGGGGCUCCCCGGGUGUGGGGAAGAAAGAGUGUGACUCUGCAAGGAUGCCCUUGGGAUCCAGGUGCUGCAGGUUCCCCACUGGCUAGUCCCUGCCCAGUGGCCAUCCAUCCAAAGAAGCCUGGCUGAGCACUGCUGAAGCUGUUUCCCUUCAGGGCAUCUUAAAGGAUGGACACGAAUGUCUUCCAGGAGGUAGUGGAACAUACAGAAGAACAAGAUUCCCUUGACCACAUGGAGUCCAAAUCGUCUUAAAGAACUGGCUUUUGCUAGACCAAAUAAGUGUUGAACUUAGAUAGGCGGCUCCUUUUUGUGAGAAGGGACAAGUGGUGCUGCUGUAGCUCCCAGUGAGCACUGAGCGAAUGAGUCAGGGUUUUAACAAGUAGCCCAGAGUUUCAGCCUCCGCAGGAAUGCCACAGUCCCACAUCCUUUCCUGGAAGGAAGCUUUUACCUCCUUUCCAGAUGUUCUUGUUGCUUGGUGCAGGCUUCAAGGGCAGCAGCAUCUCUUUAGGUAAGGCCAGCUAGGGAGCAUAUAAUAAUCCCCUUAUCGAAGCACUCACAGCUCUUGUCUCCCCAGUAUAUCCAGGGACCCAUUUUCCCUGGUCUAUUCACCUCCUCCCAGU